AAGAUGUAUAUAUAAAUAAAUACAUUAAUCCAACUACUAUAUACCAUUUCCAACCUCACAAUCAUAUCUAAUAAAUUCCAAAUCCUUGCAAGAUAACAGCAAAAACCCACAAAAGCAAAAGCCAUAAGCUAAAGGGACCCUCAAAAAGUUGCCAAACUAAUCACUUUUUUGAGUUUCAUCAAAAAAAAAAAAAAAAAAAUAAAAAAAAAAAUGGAAGAAGAUGGGGAAGAAGAAGUGACACCGUUCUGGGUCCAGAGCGCCACCAAUGUCCGCCGCGGCGACCGUCUCCGCCGCAGCGCCGCCUCCGUCUUCUUCAGCUCAGGGCUAGUGGUUUUCCUCCUCUUGGUAACAGCUUUUUUUUUCUUGGUGUUUGUUCUUCCUUCAACAAUUUCAUUUAGUGCUCAGAUCUUUAAGCCAAACAGUGUCAAGAAAAGCUGGGAUUCUUUGAACAUACUUCUUGUUUUGGUCGCCGUGGUGUUUGGUUUCCUCAGCAGAAACAAAAACGACGAGAAUUAUCCGUAUAAUUACGAUGAAUUCGGAGCUUCCCAAAAAUCGAAAAAAUCGGAAAAAUCGAAUCUUGCAGCUUCUUCGAACCAGCAGCAAUGGUAUGAACAGUUGGAGCAGAAGAAUUCGGUGCUGAGAAGAAACAGCAACUCGUACCCGGAUCUGCGUGAGGUUUCGUCCGUACAAUGGUCUUACGGAGAUUACCAGAGGAGAUACUACGAUGAUGACGAUGUUCGUUUUGAUUCGGGUAGGGUUUCGGAUCCGGGUCGGAUCCACCGCCGCCACCGGAGCUUGGAAGGAGUUGAUCAUUUGAUACUGAGAGCACCGCCUCGGAGUAGGACUGUUUUCGUUGAUACAUUGCUGACCAAAUCUGUGGUUGCGGAAAAAUUUCCGCCGGCGACUCCACCGCCGCCGUCGCCUGCGGCGGCGGCGGCGGUAUAUUCUCUGCCGGAGCUUGAAGAGGGUGAAGAAGAGGGUAGGAAUGAAAGUGUACCACCUAGAAACGAAAGAUCAAGCCGGAAACUUGAAAAAGGUUUAGAACCAUUGAAUGCCGGUACGGCGGCGAAGCCACGUCUGCCGGCGGCGGCGGCGGAUUCAGCUCAGUUUCUGGAAAAUGGAAAGCGAACCCAUGAAAGAGGAGCACGGAAAAAGGACAGAUUAAAUCGGAAACAGAUUAAAGAUACUGAACCCACAAAUCCCAUUUCCACACCAUCUGAACCUCCGCCCCCUCCUCCUCCGCCGCCACCCCCGCCGCCGCCGGAGCAAAAGAGUAGCAAAAGUGAGAAGAAAAGAGGCGGUGCAACUGGAAGUGCAACUAAAGAUUUCUUGAACUCUCUUUACCAGAACAAGAACAAGAAGAAGAAGAAGCAACGGCAAAAGAGCGUCGACAAUUUGGAUUCUCUAAUCCACGAAGCUCAACCUCCACUAAGCUUCCACCUUCCCCCACCAUCUCCACCGCCACCGCCGCCGCCACCUCCUCCUCCACCGCCCUCGGUCUUUCAAAAUCUCUUCUCAUCCAAGAAACACAAAAGAAAGAGAACCAUAACCGUCACAAUCCAACCCGAGUCUCCCCUCGCCCCAUCAACCUCCACCACCACCACCACCACUCGAAAACCGCCAAAACCCGCAAAAACAAACACCUCCGAAAAACUAGACGAAAUCUCAAACAGCGGGGGCGAAUCCCCCCUCAACCGCAUUCCACCCCCUCCUCCACCACCCCCUCCAUCAUUCUACAAAACCCCGGCAUGGAAGUUCGUGGUGCAAGGUGAUUACGUCAGGAUCAACAGCAGCACAAGCUCGAGGAGUGGCUCCCCCGAUUUCGACGACGUGGAUUCUGACGUCACACCCUCGUCCGUGGACCCCACCGAAGUGAGCCCGUUCCAUCCUUCGCCGUUGUUCUGCCCUAGCCCGGAUGUUGACACGAAAGCUGAGAGCUUUAUCACUAAUUUCCGGGCUAAAUUGAAGCUUGAAAAGAUUCAUUCGAUGAAACGAGAAGUGGGAUUGUCUAGCCUAGGACCGGGUCCUGGAUCAAGUCAGAAUUAGUAUUCUUUUUUUUUUUUAACAAAGAUCGUUUUUUUAUUUCUUUUUAUUAACCUCAUUUUUUUUCCGAUAGUAUUGCUUCAUUGAUGGGAAGAACAGUUAUGGUGAUCCAUAGUGUCGUGAUUUGGUUUUUGUGUUCGAGUUUUUACGUUGCUGUAAUAAAACUGAAGACCAGAUUUCUUACAAGCUGUGUCGCUCUUUUACACCACCCUGUUUCGCUCUCAUGUCGAUAAUCGAUUAUCUUGGUCAAAAACUCAAAUUUUAUCUGUUUGGUGUCGUAUAAUUCAAGAUUUUUUCUCUGUU